AUGGCCGAACGCAUUGAUCUCGAGGCUCUUGUUCCCAAGAACUCAAGCCAGGAUUCGGUCGAGUCCCGCGUUGCUGCCAUCCUCGACCCCGCGCUCAAUGGCAGCGGCUCGGCCGACGACGUGGUCAAUGGCAUAUCCAACCUCUACCGCUCAGGCUACAACACCGAUGAGAAGGCCGAGGAUUUCCUCUGGGCCUUCUGGACCCUCUAUAUCGAGGUUGUGAAGAAGGUCUCAGUCCAGGAUUCGAGACUGCAGCUCCUGGUCCUGAUCGUGGAGAGGCUCAAGGCCCGGGCUGACGGUUCCGUCGAGAUCUGGGGCAAGGAUACCAAAGUAUGGGCCGACCUCCCGAUGCUGGGACCCUGUGCGCGAGAAGCAUGGAACUUCACUCCCAAAUUCGAUGGCAGCGACAAGGACAAUGCCACCGUCUCUUCUUGGAUAUCUCUCAACUCCUUCGCAGCCCGUCUCCUGGGCUCAUCCAUUACCUCCGGGACGGAAUUUGCCAUCUGGGCGUUGCGCGCAGGUCUUGAGGAGGAGCACGACUCGUCAGCCGCUCUGAAUGGCCACGUCGCCGUCACACACGAGUGGGUCGUAAAUGCAGGCCAGGUGCUACGGAACGGCGUCGCGAAGAACCAGGAGCUGGACGACACUGAGAAGAGGACGCUCAAGGGCGGCAAGCUCUUCGGCGGAGAGCCAGGGUUGAACAAGGAGCGCUGGACGUUCUGGCAACAGAGAGUGGAGGAGUUGAGCAGCAAGACUGAUAACGAGGACGCUCAGAAGACUCUGGAAACAAUCAAGGCCCUGGGGGCCUGA